ACGCGCAGACUCCACAUCCGUUGUGGACGUCGGAUCCUCCAGGAGUUCGUGGAGCGCGGCGCGAAUAUCUAGUGUGUAGUCAGUCAUGUCGGCGUCGGUAGUAUCAGUCAUCUCCCGGUUCUUGGAGGAGUACUUGAGCUCCACUCCGCAGCGGCUGAAGUUGCUGGACGCGUAUCUCCUGUACAUACUCCUGACCGGGGCGCUGCAGUUCGGUUACUGUCUCCUCGUGGGGACCUUCCCCUUCAACUCUUUCCUCUCGGGCUUCAUCUCUUGUGUGGGGAGCUUCAUCCUAGCGGUUUGCCUGAGAAUACAGAUCAACCCACAGAACAAAGCGGAUUUCCAAGGCAUCUCCCCGGAGCGAGCCUUUGCAGAUUUUCUCUUUGCCAGCACGAUCUUGCACCUUGUUGUCAUGAACUUUGUUGGCUGAAGCAUUCCUGUCUUACCCGAGGAGUAGCAGACUAGAAGAACGUUCACUUUUUGAUGUUUCUUGGAUAAGAGUUUUUGAGACGGCAGCUUGUUGGACAUGUGGAUUCUUCAGAUUAGUACUUACUACCGACUUUGAUUUGGUAUGCAGGUGGAGAGCCGGGAGAAGUUCCCUUACUCUGUCAGACAACCUUUGUAAUGAACAUUUAUUAAUACGAGCUCUGCCUUCUGUUAAGUGUAACCCUUUACUUUCCAAAAAUUAAAAAACUGCAUC